CUAUAAAUCCACGUCUUGCUGAGAAGAACCACCAUCCUUCACAAUGUUCCUCACCAUGGCCCUGCUGAGGAAAGGCAUCUCUGGGAAGCAGUGGAUCGGGAAGUACCGCCGGCCACGUGCCAUCACCUGGCAGAUGAAACGCAACAUGCUGGUGCACCUGGAACGCGAGGCAGAGAAUGAGUAUUGGAUCUCCAGACCAUACAUGACCACAGAGCAGGAGCGAGGACACGCCGCUGAGCGCCGAGCACAGAACUGGCUCAAAAUUAAAGAGACCAAGUUUCAAAAGUUUCCAGAACAUAAAUAUGUUGCGGAUCAUCUAAGUCACCUCAACACAACCAAGACAUGGUCCAGUUAAUAACGAGGAAGUAUUGACUUUUUGUGGGGGGAUGGAGUGAGGGUUGACUCCGGUGUGAAAUGUAUGUAAUGUAUAUGAACUAUGGAGUGUUGGAAAUUCUCUAUAAAGCCAGCUCUGAUUUAAAAACAA